AUGAGCACCUUUGCCUCCAAGCGCAAAGCGCGCGUUAUCCAGACCUUGGACGACGAUGUAGAUGACUUGAGCCCAUCAAAAUCCAACGGGACGGACGAGCAGAAAGCAUCUACUGAUGCGCUGCCGCCAGAACCAACUGCCCCCGCGCGCAUCAAGUUCCGAUCGAAACCAGCCAAAUCGUCGGCCCUACGAAAAAGCGUCCAUGUCGCCGACGAGGACAGCGGUACCGCUCGCGCGCUGUCAACGGCGACAACCACUGGAGAUGACGAGGACGCCGACUCUGGCGCGGCAGUGGUGGUUCAGCCGGCCCUGGGUCGGGCUGGGUCAACAAAACAAAAGAAACGACCAACGGCAGCGUCACGGCUCUCUUUUGGGGGCGCCGAAGAGGCCGGGGUCGAGGAACCAUCAACAGACGAGAAGCCAUUCACGCCCAAAAAGACACUGGGUCAGCGCGCGCUGGAAAACAAUGCCCUCCGAAGAUCCGCCUCACUCCAAAAUCUCGCGGGUACUCUGCCCAUGAGGUUUGGCGGCGGCGACGAAGACCGGCCAAAAUACAGCAAGGAGUAUCUUGAAGAGCUGCAAUCCUCCACGCCGGCAACACCUGCAAACGUCCAGAUUGUCGGCGAUGUCGAUGCCAUGGACCUUGACCCAUCUGAGCUUGACGGUGCCCUCGUCGUUCAAGCCGCUUCAUCCACCGACCUGGUCUCGCAAGGCCCAGCAGCAGCGGCACACGUGCUGAGCGCAGCCGAAAUCCGCGAGCGCAAAGACCGACGAGCCCGGUUAGCCCGUGAAGGCGUCGCGGCCGAUUUCGUCUCCCUCGACUCCGGUUCCGACUCGGAAUUUCCCCAGCAAUCCUCCUCCCGGGUGGUCAUCCCCUCCCAAAAGAAAAAGAAGUCUGACACGCGAUUAAUAAGAGAAGACGAAGAUCUCGGCGAAGGCUACGAUGACUAUGUUCAGGACGACCCUUUGGCUUUGGGCAAAAAGGCAGAGCGAGAUGCUGCAAGACGGCACCGAGCAGAAAUUGCAGAGCUGAUCAACGCGGCCGAAUCAGACGCCGAGUCGGACGACAGCGAGGCAGAGAGGCGAGCUGCCUACGAAGCCGCGCAGCGGAGAGCAGGAAUGGACGGCUUGCACAAACCAGAGGAGGAUGAGGAAAACAUAGCUGGCGAUGCGGUGCCGAGGAUGAAACCGCUGCCCAAGCUGAACGAGGUUCUCAAGAGGAUGAACGAGAUUGUCCAGGGCUUGGAGCAUGAGUUCAAGCAGAAGCAGGUCGUCGUUCAGAGUUUGGAAAAGGAAAGGGAGGAGAUUGAGAAGCGUGAGAAGGAGGUACAAGAAAUCCUGAACCAGGCGGGGGCAAAAUACCAGGCUGUUGUUGCUGGGGCUGCAAACGGCGGCGGUGGUGUAUCCCCUGUUGUGCCAGGCGAUGUCGCCAAAUUGGUGCAGGAGAGCAUCAGCGGCAGCGCAGUGGGACAGUCCCCGUUACGUCCUCUCCCUCCAGGCCUGGCAGGAGACAUGCCCAUGGAACGAGGUCUCGAGAGCUUCGGGACACCCACCCGGAAACCACAGGAUGAUGAUGAGAUGAUGGACUAG